CGCGCAGACGGGACAGUGCUGCAGCCUUCAGCAGUUCCCGUGGUGACCGUCUCUGUUUUAACCGCCGUCUAACCCGGGUUGGUCUUUCCAGACCUGGAAACAUGGCAGCUUCGACCUUCGACCCCUCCGGAAACAACAACAGUAACUCCAGCUGUUAUGAAGACAUCCAGGACACCUCAGCCCACAUCUUCUUCAUGGUGAUCUACACCCUGGUGUUUCUAGUCGGUUUGUUCCUCAACGGUUUCACCCUGAACGUUUACUUCUUCAGGGGUCAGCGGCACGUGUCCAGCGUCACCCUCUUCCUGAAGAACCUGGCAGCGGCCGACUUCCUCAUCAGCCUCUGCCUCCCUUUGCGAAUUAUGAAGUACGCCAACAUUAAGUCUGAGAUCAUCCGCAAGGUCUACUGCAACUUCGGUGCCUCGGCCUUCUACCUGAACAUGUACGCCAGCAUCAUGUUCAUGGGCUUCAUCGCUGCUAACAGGUACCUGAAGAUCGUCCACCCUUUGGGAAAUCACAUGCUGCAGACAGUACGAGGUGCUAAGAUAACAUCCAUCCUAACCUGGGUCUUCCUCAUCACUGUGACGAGCUCCUACAUCCUGGUCUCUCUUAUAACAGAAAAGCCGGUAUAUGAAACACUAACAAAAGUGAGCUGUGAUGAGAUGCACAGUAAAGAGCUCAACGUGCUUUACAAAAUCAUCCACGUCUUCUCGGCCACCAUCUUUGUAACCGUCCUCGUCUGCCUGGUUUUCUUCUACUACAAAACCUCUCGCAAGCUUUCAGUGGCACAGGAGAAGCAGCCUGCGUCUAUCGGGUCCAAGAAGCUCGCCAGAUCACGCAGAAACAUGUUGGUGCUGGUCAGCGUCUUCUGCGUCUGCUUUGUCCCCUACCACCUGGUUCGUCUUCCUUACGCCUACACAUCCAAGACCAGCAACUGUUCGUGGAGCCAGGUCUUCUUCUACGUGAAGGAAAUGGCGGUCUUUGUGUCAGUUCUCAACGUUUGCCUGGACCCGCUCAUCUACUUCAUCUUCUGCAAGGCCUUCCGGGCCAGGUUGAGCCUCAAGAAUGCACUAGCCACUCCAGAGGUGUCAACGGUCGCAGCGAACGCAGACAGGAGGAGCAGCGAUACGCAGAGCUCCAUCAAAAGGAAGCUAUCGCUCACCCCAACGACAAGGACCAGCGUGCUGUAGCUUUAAGCUAGCACACGAACGACUGUGAUGAAUGUGAGCUUUAAAAACUGCAACUAUGUGCCAAAGCUGCCUGCUGGGACCAGCUGUUUCAGGACACGGGGUGGUACCACGUCGGGCUUUUCAGAGACCUGCACUGAAACGUUCCUGUUUGCUAUCAAAGGCCUAAAUAUUAAGAAAAGUCAUGUCAGUACACUGAAGUAUUUUUUAAUAGAUGAGGAAUUUCAUCACUUAGCAACUAUUUAUCGUCUAUCUUCUUUAAGUCUGUGAAUAUAAAUGAUCCCUGAUGGACAGCUAAACUGCAAGCCAACAUAUCUCAGAGGUUUUGACAUUUUAUGACCUCCUCCUGCACUGAUGUACCUUUAAAACGUCCAAACUAGCCUCUUCUCAAGCUCAUUUACAGGAAGCAGUCCGAUUUGGUCUCAGGUGAACUGGACCCGUAAAACCACUGCAUAAAAACCCAUGUGUUUAAAAAACUGUAAAUAUGUACAUUAUGUUAUUGUUCACCUGAACCAGAGCCACAAUUUGUAUGCAAACUGCUUUGG